AUGGAGCCUGGCAGGCCAGCGCCCUGGCCAGGGCUCCCCCCGCAGCAGGCCAAGCCACGGAAACAUGGCAAGCAGACGUCCGGUAGCUGGACUUGGCUGCAGGCUCUGUCCUCAGACGUGUUCUUCAAGCUGUGCCCGCUCCUGGCGAGGGCCAGCGCCCGCCACCUACGGAUGCAGGAAGGCCUGUGGGAGUGCCCGCCCAGCCUCCUGCAGAGCCCCCGGCGGCCACACGGCGGCACUGUGGGAGCUCGGCCGCCAGACCCCGGGGCUGGCCAGUCCACCGCGCACAGGGGCCCGGCCGCCUCCUGCACUCCAGCUGGUCACUCGGCCUGCUCCUGCCCCGGGAGGCUGCGGCCUGAGACCCGCAGCCUGGACGUUCAGAGGGAGCCACUCGGGGACUUUCUGAUGCUGGUCACCAGCAAGAGGAACCACAACGGGGAGGGUGACAGUGAUGAAGCGGUGACUGCCCACCUUAGGGCCGAUAUCUGCUCCCAUGGGCGGUGCCACGCAGGGGCUGUGAACUUGCAGCAGCCCUUAGCCAAGGUUGAGCAGAGCAGGACACUGGGGGCAGGAGGAAAGGACACGGCCGGGUUCAACUACGAGUCUGAGAGGCUGGAGGACACCGUCUUGAGUCCCAUGGCCAGCAGAGAAGACCGGGCACUGACCAUGCGUGGGGAAGGCUGGCCGGCUUUGCCCACCCCUGUGCCCGCCCGAAUCCGUGAGAUCGUAGCUGGCAGCCUGAGGGACGACCCACACCAAGCAGGGCUGCAGGAGCCGCCGGCCGUGUCAGCAGGGGUGCAGGAGGAAAACAAGAGUCUGCAGGAGGAGCUGUCCAGGCUGGGGGAGCUGCUGGCCCAGGCAGACGCAGAGCAGGACGAACUGGCCGGCAGGUACCACGCGGCCAGUGCGCGGCUACAGGCCCGUCUGGAGACCACCGAGGCUCGGCUGCGGAGGUCGGAGCUGGAGCAUAGCGCGGACCUGGAGGAGGCCCUGGGCCGUUUGGAGGCCGCUGAGCAGAGGAGCACGGGGCUCUCCCAGGUGAACACCCUUCUGCGGGAACAGCUGGGGCACAUGAAGAAGGCCAACGACAGGCUGGCCGAGGAGCUGGCCAGGACGACGGACGGCGUACUCCAUCUUCGGGGCCAGCUGGAGCUGAGGGAGGCACGGCGCCGGGCAGAGACACAGAUCCGGCGCACACGCUCGGGGGGGUCCCAGGACUUCCUCCUCCUGUGGAGACAGGUCACCGCAAUCCGCGUACAGCUGGCCGAGCUGCGCACAACCGCAGAGAGGGCUCUCACCGACAUGCGCGUGGAGAUGGCCAGGACAGCCGGGCGCCUGCAAACGGCCUGCCUGGCCCUGGGCUCCAGGCUGCGGCUGGCGGCCAGCAGUGCGGCGGGCGCCCUGGAGCAGCGGCUGCGGGACCAGGUGCGGGAGACGCUGCAGCUGCAGGGCCGCUGGGACGCAGAGAAGGUGGCGCUCCAGGCCAGACUCUCUGAGCAGACGCUGCUGGUGGAGAAGCUCACAGAACAAAACUCGAAGAAGGAGAGAACCAUCUCUUCCCUCAAAAUGGAUGUCCAGAAACUGGUGGCCCAGGAAGACGCAGGGUGCCCGGAGCGGGCGUGCAGCGGCGGUCCCGAAGCUCAGGAGGCACAGGGCCAAGUGCGGAGGCCCGGGAGCUCUGCGUCCUCCCACUGCGGGGUGUCCCCACCGCGGGCCCGCGCCCUGGACGCCCUGCACCCCGCACUGCAGGCUGUGCAUGCGGCUAUCGAGAGGUGGCGGCUGCUGGAGCAGGAGCUGCGCCUGCAGCUCGGGUCCUCCCAGGCGGCGGCAGCCAGGCUCCGGGAGCAGCUGUCGGAGGCCCAGCGGGAGCUGCAGGCCGCAAGGAGGCUCCUACAGGAGCGGGUGCAGGAGCAGGUGCGGGAGCCCGAGGACCUCCUGCGCGAGCUGGAGGCGCAGAGCCGCGAGGCACAGCGCUGCAGGGCGUCCAGCGAGCUCUUGCAAAGAGAGAAAAGGGCUCUGGAAACGGCGGUGGAGGAGAUGAGAGGGAAGGCGGCCUGUGCAGACGCAGAGAAGCAGAGGCUAGAAGCCGAGAACACGGAGCUGCACAGGAGCCUCCUGCUGUGGGCGGAACAGAAGGAAGAGCUGGUGCAGCAGGGCGAGCGGGGCCGCAGGGAGCUGGAGACCAGUCAAGGGCGCCUGGAGCAGCUGGAGGAGAAGGUCUCAGGGCUCAAGAAGGAGCUGGUGUCCGCCCAGGAGGCGCUGAACUCGGCCCGGCUGCAGAGGGACGUUCUGGAGAGCGAGAGGGAGGGUCUGCACAGAGCCCUGGCCCGGGACAGACAGAGAAUCCAAAGCAGACUCCAGACUCUGAGCUGUCAGCACAGAAUCACGUGCAAGAAGCAGGCCCUGGAGGAGCAGCUCGCCCAGAGCCUGCAGGACCGGGAGGCCCAGCAGGACACGCUGCAGAGGACCCUGCAGGAGAAGGAGGCUCUGUCUGAGGAGCGGGCCCAGCUGCUGGCCAAGCAGGAGGCCCUGGAGAGGCAGGUCCGGCUCACGGCUGAGGAGGCGGCCGAGCUCAGGGCUGAGAGGGACUCUCUGGAGAGAAGCCUCUUUGAGACCCAGCAGCUGGUGAUGCAGCUCCAGGCACAGCGGGAGCAGCUGGAGGGACAGGCCCGGAGCAUGCGGCUCGCUCGGCAGACCCUGCAAGUGGAAAUGCAGCAGCUGAGAAGUGCCUGGGAGGUCCAGGAGACAAAGCUGCAGUGGGACGUGGGGAGGCUUCAGCGGCAGGUGGCACAGCAAGAGCGGGACUUGCAGCUGGCCCUGGAGAGCCAGGCGCUGGCCCACCACGAGGACCUGGCUCGGCUCCAGAGGGAGAAGGAGUCCCUGAGUCUGUCUCUGACGGAGGAGAAGGAAGUGGCAGCUCACUGGCUGGAACAGGAGAAGAAGCUGGUAGCAAAGAAUGCGGCCAAGAGGGAGGCUCUGAAGGAGGAAAUUCAGAGCCUAAAGCAUGAGCGGGAUGAGAGUCUCCUCCAAUUGGAAAAUGAGAUGCAAGAGGCCCUGUCACUGAAAGAAGAAGAGAGGAGGCUGCUGAGGGAAGAACUCUUCAGAACCAUGCAGGAGCUGGGACAGGUGCGGCAGGAGGCCCAGAGCCAACAAAAGCAAGCCGAGGGAGAUGAGGGCCGAGGAGCAGGGGUCUCGAGCCAGGGCCACCUGCACGGCUACCCGCCCCAGGGUAGGCAGCAGCCCCAGUGCCACGGCAUCACUGAAGGCCAGCGGGCAGCAGCGGGGGCGGGGGGCCGUCAAGCGGAGGCAUCUGGACCCGGGAGGGGGCAGUACGGAUGUGUGGGCACAGCCAGGUGCCACGCUGUCCCUGCUGUCUGGCAAGCAGCGUCCCCGGGGGCCAGGGAGGGAGCAAGGGCCCAGGGCCAGCAGGGCCAGACCGUCACCUCCCCGGUUCUGGGACCAGCCCUCGUGAGGCACCCUGCACCCCCAGGCGGGCAGAGCCAGGUUGUCCGCUUUUCUCUCAAGCACCUGGGCACACAGGGCUGGGGGCACCUGGGCGCUGCCGGACCAGAGCCAGAGGCCGAUCGGCAGCUCCUACCCGCCCCGGCCCCCAGCGGCCCCGACAGCCUCGUGCCCCUUCCCCAGGCGGAGGGGCUGCGGGCACAGCUGGACGAGGCCCGGGAGGCACUGGCCGUGCUGCGCGGGGAGCUGCAGGGCAGCGAGGAGAACCGCGAGGGGCUUCGCAGGGAGGCCCAGGAGGCCCGCCGGGCGCUGGGCGAGGAGGCCCACGAGAAGGCUGUGCUGCAGAGCUCCAACACCGAGCUGCGGGCCGCUCUCCGCAGGGCCGAGCAGGACAAGGCCAGUUUUCAGAGGUCCAAGGAAGAAAAGGAACAGAAGGUGCUGGUCCUGGAGGAGGCGCGAGCAGCGGCCCAGAAGGAGGCCUGUGAGCUGCGGGCCAGCCUACGGGAGGUGCAGCAGGCUCGCGCCGACGCCCGCCAGGAGCUCCAGGAGCUGGGCACACAGGUGAACAUGCUGCGGGCUGAGAACCGGAGAAAGAACGGAGUGAGGACAAGAGGCCUGGGGGCGAGGUGCGGAGGGCAGGUGGCUCUGGGACAAAGGGCUUCUACGUGAGCCCUCAUGACCCUCCCACAGGUCCUGAGGCUGCGGCGGGAGCUGGAAGAGGCGGAGGCUGGAGCUGAGGCCCGAAAGCAGCAGCUGGAGGAGGGCCUCUGCCAGAGCCGGGGGGCCGAGCGGACCCUCCGGGCCGAGCUGCACAUGGUCACGGGGAAGCUGCAGCAGGCCGGUAGCGUGGCCGACGGCCUCCAGGCUCGCCUGGACGAGGCCGGCCGCCGGCUCCACAGCCUGGAAGGGGAGCUGGCCCGGGCUGAAGGCGCCAGGCGGCACGCGGAGGCCCAGCUGGGCCGGCUGUGGUCCACCCUGUGCCGCGGCCUGGGGCUGCGGGGACGAGGCCCCUCAGGCUCCCCCGAGUGGCCCGGCUUCCCCAGUACAGGCUCAGAUAGCAUCCAGAGCGCCGGCCCCCCGACCAGGUCCAGCUCACCACUCCGAUGGCCCUCACCGGCACCUGGGGACCCCUGCCCAGAUGUGGACGUGGACUCUGUGCGAGACGCCCUGACGGACUUUGUGCAGAAACUGCGGGUUGCCCAGAGGGAACGGGACGACUGGCACCUCCAGGUGGUGAGCCUGAGCGGCCGGCUGAGCGAGGCAGAGCGCGAGCGUGCCCAAGCCCAGAGCCGCGCGGCACGGCUGCAGGAGGCACUGGCAGAGGCGGAGGAAGCCCGGCGCCAGGCGGAGAGUGAGAGGCGCAGGGCCCAGGCAGCGCGCGCCCUGCAGGAGGAGGCGCUCCGGAGCCUGGAGGAGCAGCACCGGGCUGGCAGGCGGGCGGCCAGCUGGGAGAAGCAGAGGCUCCAGGUGGCCAGUCUGAAGAAGCAGCCAGACCAGGAAGCACCUCGGCAUCAACAGGCCCGCCUCGGCCAGGCCUUGCAGGCCAAGAAGUGA